AUGUCUGCGAUAAAGCCAUCCAUUCUGUUUAUAGCUCAACCAAACAUUGAGUCUCCCCUAUUAAAUUCCGACCAAUUUCUCGAAGAUUUCAACAUUAUUGAACUGACUCUAACUACAAAGGAUGCAUUCCUACAACAAUUAAAAGAUCAUAAAAAUGAUAACAUUGUUGCAAUCUAUGGGGGAUACCCUCAAUUUACCCCAAUAGGUGGACUCACUAAGGAGAUAAUCGAACAUGAGGAUUUCCCCCUUAAUACUUUGAAGGCCAUAGUUUUAUGCUCAAGAGGUUAUAACAUGAUCGAUUUAGAUGCCUUGAAGUCUCAUGGGAUCCAAUUAUACAACUAUCAGGAUGAAGUGGAUGAAUCGCAGGAUUUGGAGGGGUUUAAGAUGGGUCAGGUGGGUAAUGAUGUGGCUGAUUGUGCGUUAUGGCAUGUAUUGGAAGGUUUCAGAAAAUUUUCUUAUCAACAAGCAUCUUUAAGGAAAUAUACCGAUACCCUGGUUACAAGAGCUAAGUUGGCUGGUGAGGAUGGAUACGCAUAUGGCCAUAAGUUUAAUGGUGGUCAAUUUAUUCAUUCACCAAGGGGGAAUAAAUGUUUGGUUCUUGGGUUGGGUUCAAUUGGGAAACACGUUGCCCUAAAAUUACAAGAGGGGCUAGGUAUGCAAAUUCAUUACUCAAAGAGAAAUGAGGAUUUACAAGUUAAAGAAAAAUAUAACUGGAAAUUCCACCGUUUGGAUGAAACUUUAUAUAGCCAAUUAUUCCAAUUCAAAGCAAUCAUUUGUGCAUUGCCUGGUACACCUGCCACUCAUCAUUUAAUUGAUGAGAAAUUUUUAGAACAUUGUAAUGGACCGGAAUUGACUUUAGUAAACCUAGGUAGGGGUAAUAUCGUGGACAUCGAGGCCGUAACAACAGCUUUGGAGGAAGGCCAAUUAAGACACUUUGGCGCUGAUGUUUUUUAUGGUGAACCAAAAGUUAAUGAAAUGGUCAUUGAGAUGGAAGAUACCACAUCCGUCACACCUCAUAUUGGUAGUAGUACUCUGGAAGUAUUUGAACAAAGUUGUGAAUUAGCAUUAACUAAUAUAAUAAGAGCAACAACUUGUGUUGAAGAGAAGAAGGCCGAAAAUGAAGAACCUCAAUACUUUUCCCGUGUUAUUUGA